AUUGCUUUUGCUUCUUUAUUCUUCAUCCUGGUUUCGAUCACAACCUUUUGCCUGGAGACACAUGAAGCUUUCAAUAUUGUUAAAAACAAGACAGAGCCCGUCAUCAACGGCACAAGUGUUCUACAAUAUGAAAUUGAAACGGAUCCUGCCUUGACGUACGUAGAAGGAGUAUGUGUGGUGUGGUUUACUUUUGAAUUUUUAGUCCGUAUUAUUUUUUCCCCCAAUAAACUUGAAUUCGUCAAAAAUCUUUUGAAUAUCAUUGACUUUGUGGCCAUUCUCCCCUUCUACUUAGAGGUGGGGCUCAGUGGGCUCUCAUCCAAAGCUGCUAAAGAUGUCCUCGGCUUCCUCAGGGUGGUAAGAUUUGUGAGGAUCCUGAGAAUCUUCAAGCUUACACGCCAUUUUGUAGGUCUGAGGGUGCUUGGACACACUCUUCGAGCUAGCACUAAUGAAUUCUUGCUGCUGAUAAUCUUCCUGGCUCUGGGAGUUUUGAUAUUUGCUACUAUGAUCUACUAUGCCGAAAGAGUAGGCGCUCAACCUAACGACCCAUCAGCUAGUGAGCACACGCAGUUCAAAAACAUUCCAAUUGGGUUCUGGUGGGCUGUGGUGACCAUGACUACGUUGGGCUAUGGGGAUAUGUACCCCCAGACAUGGUCAGGGAUGCUGGUAGGAGCCCUGUGUGCUCUGGCUGGAGUGCUGACAAUAGCCAUGCCGGUGCCUGUCAUUGUCAACAAUUUUGGAAUGUACUACUCUUUGGCAAUGGCGAAGCAGAAACUUCCACGGAAAAGAAAGAAGCACAUCCCUCCUGCCCCUCAGGCAAGCUCACCUACUUUUGGCAAGACAGAAUUAAACAUGGCCUGCAAUAGCACACAGGGUGACACGUGUCUGGGCAAAGACAAUCUACUUCUGGAGCAUAACAGAUCAGUGUUAUCAGGUGACGACAGUACAGGAAGUGAGCCAUCAUUAUCACCCCCAGAAAGGCUCCCCAUCAGAUGCUCUAGUACCAGAGACAAAAACAGAAGAGGGGAAACAUGUUUCCUACUGACGACAGGUGAUUACACGUGUGCUUCUGAUGGAGGGAUCAGGAAAGGAUAUGAAAAGUCCCGAAGCUUAAACAACAUAGCGGGCUUGGCAGGCAAUGCUCUGAGGCUCUCUCCAGUAACAUCACCCUACAACUCUCCUUGUCCUCUGAGACGCUCUCGAUCUCCCAUUCCAUCUAUCUUGUAAACCAAACUUCAUCUGUCGGCUAAAUUGUGUUAACUCAAGUACUGUUUAUCCCAUAAUGGAAAUAAUUAAAUGUAGAGCUACUCCAUGCUCCAUUAAUACAGUACAAAUCUGCAUGAUGCUACUAUUUGAAGUCAGAAAUGCCAUUGGGGUAGCUAAUGAGUCUUAUCCUGGCUUUAAAGAUUAUCUAAAGUAGUAGUACUACUUCUCCAUAUUGAUCACCCUGAUGUCCUUUCGCAAUAAAAUUACAGAUAGUGUCAGAUAUUGGCCAGUACCCUAACACAUCAACAUCUUCAGGGAGAUAUAUUUAAAGCAGUGUGCUCACAAAUGCCAACCACGCCCUUGGAUCUUCAUUUCUGUGACUCUAAACCAUUCUGAAGAUGCCUGGGAUUCUAUCUUGCUUGCGUGUGACAUGACUCUGGUCAGCUCAUUGGCAUGGACCAUCUCAUUCCUAUUACCACCUGAAAGCACUGUCACAGAAUUUGGGGACCGUGGAUGGCUCAGGAUACGCGGUACUUACAUCGAACCAUCCUGCUGAUGUGAAAGCACUGGUCAACGGCUGUGCAUGUUGAAUUGUGGAGCAGGAAGGACGAGUUUCUCUCUGACAUUUUUUUUCCUUUAUUCUUUGAAAGAAGUAUUUGUUUUAAGUAGUUUAAUUUCUCGACUGAUUUACUUGUCUUCCAAAAUGCUGUACCGGAGUUCUGAAUGUCUCUGGUUGUUUGCACACAAACUCCAAAGAGUUGUCAUUACUGGUUAUAAGCUGAGGCAAGAUCCCGUCCUUAAGGGCUUUGGGGAAGGCACAAAACAUGAGAGCAAAGUAACCGCCAGCCAGGCUGGAAUUAUUUAAACAGGAAUUGCUACUUGGUACUAGAGUUAUCAUUAUUAUUAUUAAUUUAAUCCUGGGAUUUGUCAUCAUUUUCAGAGGCAGAGUGCCAAAUAUCUCCCAAAGCUCUCGUGUCUUUUUCACCUCCUUCCUUAUUUUUAUUUAUUUAGUUUUGUGCCAACAUCAAAGAGCAUUGUUGUUCACAGGAGGCUUUCUUGACCAGCCUUAAAUAUCUGACUCAAAAGAAUAAUCCAAUUUUCCAUCAAUGUUUAAUCAGGUGCUUUGUCCUGAAUGUGGUUCUGUCUGUCUGUCUGUCUUAGCUCCCUGUCUUAACUGUAUAUGCCACCUGUCUCCAUAAAGCACAGAAAUGCCUUGAUAAGGUGUUCAUGAUUUUAGAACUGAACCGGGUCUUCUCCUCUGCCCCUCACCUUCUUUGUUACUUUGAACAGCAUUCUCUGCUUUGUGUAUAAAUCAAUGAUGUCCUGUAGACUAUCUUAGUUACUCAGUACUGUGAAUCCUUCUGAUAAACAGGAUUUAAGCAGCAGCGAUAUCACCAUUGCAUUUGGUUGCCUGCUGCAGCGUCAGUUCCUGCUACCUACUAGCCAGCAUCCAUCACCACACGCCAGUGAAACCCCUAGGGAGUCUUACUCAGUCCAAGUGGAAGAAAUCCUGUUUACAUAGCCCUGUGAAUGCAACAGGAAUACAACUGGUGUCUGGGGCAUGUGAGGGAAGACAAAUGCAAUAAUAUAUAUUGAGGGAUAAACAAUAUUUCUAAGGCAUUCAGCAUCAUUGAGAUUGUUGAUUAAGGUCGAAUUCUCAUGUUUAUUUUUUGUUAGGGGACAAUUGUCACUUUUAUUCUUGGCCACGUAACUUGUAUCACUCUAUAUCUCCAAGUCCUAGAGCAUGACCUGCAUGUCAGAGAUCUUGUACAGCAGUGUAUUUACCCAGAUGUGCACAUCUGAUGUGUAGAGACCCAAUGAUCCUCUUGAUAACACCACACACAGAGAGCUACAAUUACACACAGCUAUACGGUAAGGGAAUGAAUACACUCUCUGGUGCUGCUGUUGUUGACUGCAGUGCUGUGCAGAAUUUAUCAUGAUUGUUUUGGCUGCUGAAAAGGGGACAGUGGAAUUUAGCCAUACCCAGGACUGUGUCGGAAACAGGUUUCUGCUGCUGAACAUGCCCUGAUGGGACCAGGGUGCACUUGGAAGAAGUCCUCACGUCAUCACAAAGGCAUUUAAAGCUCAUAAAAGAACUGUGGCUGGAACUCAUUUGGUGCUCCCCAUAUGAGUGGUCUGCUUGUGGACUGGCAAGUGUCCAUGAAACAACUGUAAAUACCAACAUGUGCACAUGGGUCAACGGCUUUGGCCAUCUCACAUCAAAGGAAGCCAAAUCAUGACCCACAUGUCUAAAGCUUCAAGUACGGCCCAUGCCUCUGUGAAUUAGCCCUCAUGGGCCUGCAGUAGAUCGUGCUGUGAAUCAUACAAGGCAGUGAUACUGGUGUAGUAUAGGUCUGUCUUAAUUUCCCUUAUUUCUUUGUUGGUUGGAUCCAUGAAUAUUGACUGUAUCAUUUUCUUAUAAACCACUUGUGUUAUCAGCUUGUCCUAUUAUGUUGUGAAAUUUUCAGUGCCUAUUUAUCAAACUGACCUAUUUUUAGUCACGUAUUUGUGUAGUUCUGGAAAUUCGCUAUGACAAAAAAAAACUCACCAACAUUAUUCCUAGUUUGUCUUUUGUCAUCAUUACCUCAAUUACAAAUAUUACAAAAAAUAAAAUCCUGGCAAUGAGAGUAUUUUUUUACUAAACGAUCAAGGCGCAAUGUCAGUAUAUAGUAGAUUAUUAAUCAAAUUAUAUCUUAAAAUGUAUAUUUUGCAUAAAAGAGAUAUUCUUAAAUUAAUUAACUUUUUUGUGAGUUUUGUGGCAAAUGAAGCUUGUACUUGUCUUUAAAAUUGUUGUAGUAGAAACUGUGUAAGUAUUCUUCAUCUUGCUUAAUCAAUAUUUCUAGAAUCUAUAGUUCCCCUGGGAUUCUGAAUAUAACAUAUAACUUAACAAUGAACUGUGUUGUGGACCUUUUGUGAACAUUUCAAGGUGCAUGCACAACCUUGGUGAUAGCCAUGGAAAUGUAACUAACUGAAAUGAAGAAUAAAAGGCAAAUGAGCUGGGGAUAAACGUGAA